AAUGGAUGUAAAAAACCUUAUAUAAAGAGUUUAAUAAUGUAAAUGUAUCAGUGGGGGUGGAUCUUAUGAUGAAGAAGAUGGUGAAAUUAAGAUAGGAAAGUGGAUUGAACUAAAGGAAGGGUUUUCUAAGGAUUCUUAAAUAUUAUAUUAAGGUGAAUAUUAAAAUGGUAAAAAACUUGGUCGAUGGGAAAUUAUGUAUAGGCAUAACACCAGCAAUCCAUUUUCAUAAAUGUAAAAAAUAUUAUAGAAAGUGCAUAAUUAAAAUUUUAAUGUAUUAGUGGUGGUGGAUCCUAUGAAUUAGAAAAAAAUGCAAUUAAGGUUGGGAAGUGGAUUGAUUUGGAUGAGGAGUUUGAUUAUUGGAAUUAAGUAAUUUAUAUAGGGGAAUAUAAUAAUGGUAUCAAAGUUGGUACAUGGAUAGAAAUGA